CUGGCGGCGGCGGCGGCAGCACCACCAGCAGCGGCCGCCGCGCAGCCCCGCGGAAUGGAGCGGCGCCGGGGCUGAGCCGGGCGCGCACGGGCCGCCGCAUGUGCCGCGCGGGGAGCGGCUGCGGAGCGCGCGGGGAGCGAGCGCCACAGGGCCCGUCGGAGCGGCCGCCGGAGCAGCGCCGGAGAUGGGAGAACAGCCCAUCUUCACUACGCGGGCGCACGUCUUCCAGAUCGACCCCAGCACCAAGAAGAACUGGGUGCCUGCGAGCAAGCAGGCAGUCACCGUUUCCUACUUCUACGAUGUCACCAGGAAUAGCUAUCGCAUCAUCAGCGUGGAUGGAGCCAAGGCCAAGGAGGGGGCAACAUUUAGCGCCCAGUCCCUGCACCACGGCCGGCAGCUUCUCUGUACCCAGCUCGUACCUCUACUGUUCCUUUCUUUGUCAAUUAACCGUCCCCAGAUUAUCCCGAUUGGAGCAUACCUUCUUCUUGUCAGGAAACCGCGAGCCCCCAUCGCUGACGGAGAUUCUGAGUUGUUCAGGCUGCACACGGAGGCUCCAGGUGAUUAUAAACAGCACCAUCACACCCAAUAUGACCUUCACCAAGACGUCGCAGAAGUUCGGGCAGUGGGCUGACAGCAGAGCCAACACGGUGUUUGGCCUGGGGUUCUCUUCGGAACAGCAGCUAACAAAGUUUGCAGAGAAAUUUCAGGAGGUGAAAGAAGCUGCCAAACUAGCCAGAGACAAGUCCCAGGAGAAAAUCGAGACCUCGAGCAGUCAUUCCCAGGUGUCCAGCGUCAACGGGACAGACGAUGAAAAGGCCUCUCAUGUGGGUCCUGCUGACACACACCUCAAGUCUGAGAACGACAAGCUGAAGAUCGCCUUGACCCAGAGUGCCGCCAACGUGAAGAAAUGGGAGAUGGAGCUGCAGACCCUGCGGGAGAGCAACGCCCGGCUGACCACAGCGCUGCAGGAGUCGGCCGCCAGCGUGGAGCAGUGGAAGCGGCAGUUCUCCAUCUGCCGCGACGAGAACGACCGGCUCCGGAACAAGAUUGACGAGCUGGAGGAGCAGUGCGGCGAGAUAACCAGAGAGAAGGAGAGGAACACGCAGCUCAAGAGGAGAAUCGAGGAGCUGGAGUCGGAACUGCGGGAGAAGGAGACGGAGUUGAAAGACCUCCGCAAACAAAGUGAAAUCAUACCUCAGCUCGUGUCAGAGUGUGAAUACGUCUCUGAGAAGUUAGAGGCGGCAGAGAGAGACAAUCAGAACCUGGAGGACAAGGUGCGUUCCCUCAAGACGGACAUUGAGGAGAGUAAGUACCGUCAACGCCACCUGAAGGUGGAGGUGAAGAGCUUCCUAGAGGUGCUGGACGGCAAGAUUGACGACCUGCACGACUUCCGCCGCGGCCUCUCCAAGCUGGCGGCUGACAACUAGGGGCCGCGGGGGGCGGGGGGGGGGGGCCGCAGGGGGGACGGAGUGGGGGCGGCCUCCCCUCGGCGUGGGUGCGGUCUCGCGCGUUUGCGCACCGGGGGCGCCGUCCAGCCUCGCCCCCCCACCCCCGGCCCGGCCAGGCUGCGGACCCCGGGACGCCGCUGACUCAGGAACCCCGCGCCAGGUACCCCUUACGCGUUUACGCAGUCAGGGCAGGGAUGUUUGUAUCUUUCUCAAGGGCUGUGGCAACCACACCAACCGAACAAAGCGUUUUCUGAUCCAAAUACGAACACCCUUUACACCUCCUUUUUCGGAAGAGCGGUCGGAGUAUUUGAGCGCCCGCCAGGCACCAGUGUGGGGGUCCCGGGGCGGGGGGACAGCUUCCCUCGCUGUCAGAACCAAGAUGCUUUCAAGCGGUCUGAGUGAGACUGGUCCAGAGAAAGAGACCAGGUCUCUGGUGGGUGCCCGGGGGUGGCCUGCAUCCGCUCCGCCCGCCUCCCCGCACCUCCAGUUUGCAGGGUUGCCACAACGUCCCUUUCCCGGGCUUUCAUUUCUGAGCAGAUUGCGUGCUGUGGGGGCAGAGCGCAGCGGGGGCGCCUGGCACAGUGCCUGGCACGAAGUAGGUGCUUAAUAAAUCUUUGUUCAAUUCAACUUACAAA